UGCGCGGGCAGCCCGCGGCCGGGUCCGGGUGUCGGAAUCCCCUGACCUGCUCCCCCCCGCCGCCCGACGCAGUCCCUCCCCCUCCCUGCUGCCUCGAUCCCCUCCCCCUCCAAGUCUGCCAGAGAGAGGAAGAGAGAAAGAGAGAGAGAGAAAGCCCAUUGCGCCGCAGCCUAAGCGGGAAGCGGCCCGCAGUUACACACCCAGAAGGAGGCCGUCCAUGUCAAAGAGCAGGAAGAUGAAGAUCCUUUUGGUCUUGAUGUUAUUCUAUGCCAGUGUCAACAGUGAUGCAGUUUCGAAGCCCAACAUUAUUAUAGCAAUGGCAGAUGACCUUGGCAUUGGAGAUCCUGGAUGCUAUGGAAACACAACACUAAGAACCCCUAAUAUUGACAGGAUAGCCAAAGGGGGAGUCAAAUUCACUCAGCACUUAGCUGCAUCUCCACUGUGUACACCAAGUAGAGCAGCUUUUCUGACAGGCCGUUACCCUGUCCGAUCAGGGAUGGCUUCACGCUCUAAAGUUGGAGUGUUUCUAUUUUCAGCUUCCUCAGGUGGACUACCUACAAAUGAAAUCACUUUUGCCAAGCUUUUGAAGAACCAAGGCUAUUCUACAGCCUUGAUAGGAAAGUGGCACCUUGGGAUAAACUGUAACAGCAGAGAUGACUUCUGUCACCACCCUUUAAAUCAUGGUUUUGACCAUUUCUAUGGACUGCCAGUGACCAAUCUAAGAGACUGCAAACCAGGAUCAGGCACUGUGUUUACCACAGCCAUUCAUAUGUUUGUUUUCAUUCCUCUGCAAAUUGUUGGCAUCGCUCUUGUCACUUUGGAGGCCCUCAAUUGCCUUGGCCUGUUUCGGCUCCCUCACUGGGUAUUCUUUUCCUGUCUUUUAUUAGCAGCCACUAUAAUUGGACUCCUAGCCUGUUUCCUUCAUUUUUUCCGACCCUUAAACUGCAUCUUGAUGAGGAAUCAUGAGGUUGUCCAGCAACCAAUGUCUUAUGACAAUCUCACCCAGAGGUUGACCAGGGAAGCUCUCAAGUUCAUAAACAGGAACACCGGGACACCCUUCCUUCUUUUCUUAUCCUAUAUUCAUGUCCACACUGCGCUUUUUUCCUCUAAGGAGUUUGUAGGCAAGAGCAAACAUGGAAUAUAUGGGGAUGCUGUGGAGGAGAUGGAUUGGAGUAUAGGGCAGAUCUUAAAAGCUCUAGAUAAGAAGAAAUUGACAAAUAAGACCCUUGUAUACUUUACCUCUGACCAAGGAGCUCACAUUGAGGAGGUGACGGACAAGGGAGACAUCCAUGGAGGAAGUAAUGGAAUUUAUAAAGGGGGAAAAGCUAAUAACUGGGAAGGAGGUAUCCGGGUUCCAGGACUUCUUCGCUGGCCGGGAGUGCUACAGCCUGGAAUGGUGAUUGAUGAACCAACCAGUAACAUGGAUCUGUUCCCAACCAUUGUCAAACUUGCUGGAGCAUCAUUGCCUGAGGACAGAGUUAUUGAUGGACGUGAUCUGAUGCCCUUGCUUCAAGGAAAAAUCCUCCAAUCUGAGCAUGAAUUUCUUUUCCAUUACUGUAAUGCAUAUUUAAAUGCAGUGCGCUGGCAUCCGAGAAACAGCACAUCUAUCUGGAAAGCUUUUUUCUUUACGCCAAAGUUUAAACCAGAUGAUUCCAAUGGCUGUUUUCCAACCCAUGUGUGCUUUUGCAAUGGGCAUUACGUCACUCGUCACAAUCCACCCCUACUCUUUGAUAUCUCCAAAGACCCAAAGGAAAGACAUCCGUUAACUUCAAAAACGGAAAAUCAUUUUCAUGAAAUUCUGAGAGUCAUGCAAGAAGCAGCGGACAACCAUACGAAGACACUCAGUACAGUUCCCAAUCAGUUAUCUUGGGGAAACCUCCUUUGGAAACCCUGGCUUCAGUUGUGUUGUUCUUCUUCUUAUCUCUCCUGCCAUUGUGAUCGGGAAGCAAAAGGUAGGGGUAAAGGUGUCAGACUGUAG